AGGCAAGAACUCAAUUUGCUUAGUUUUAUUCAUUUCGAUGUAGGCAGUGUUGCAAAAGUUUUUGAGUAGAUAUACAUCUUAGAAAAUGAAAAAUAUUCUCCUACUAUUUACUCUAAUUCAUUUGCAAGACUCCUAUGGGAAAGUUUAUAAAUGGAAGAACUUUCUCCCGAAUACAGAGAGUUUGCCAAAAGGAGAGAUCGAAUCUAAAAUUGAAUUACACCUUGUUGACAAACAAUGGGUGCCAGACGGAACAGAGGCAAUUCAGAGUGAUGAUGUUAUCCCAAGAUAUCCUGGCAAAGCAACAGACGCAUUAAAAAUAUUACUUAAUCAAGAGACAAUCGUCAAGUAUCACACUAGCCCGUUAGCAAAAGCAAAGGAUCUGUUGAAAGAAGAAAAUGGCUCCAAAAAAACAAGAGUCUAUCUUUGUCUUCCACACUGUUGGUGGUUCUGCUAAGGACAACUUUGUAAAAAACUCAAUUAUAGCUAUGGCAUUGAGAAAUUUCUUGAAGAAAUAUAACAUUUUUGCAUUCAACAUGGCAGAACUGCAGGAUUAUAUGGAGCAAACUGUCAUGAAAGGAUUGUAUGGCAAGAGGGCUAACUAUGAUGAUUUAAGUGAAAUCAUUGGUAACUUUUUCAACUCUGCGAUUGCCGACAAACUAUUAGAACUCGACAAAAUACAUCUCAUCGGUUUCUGCUUCUCUGGCCAGCUCACAGGCUACAUAAGUCGCUACAUUUCGUCAAAAAACGACGGAAAGAAGAUAAAAUCCAUAACAGCCUUAGACCCAAACUCGGCGUUUUUCUUCGGUAUUCAGAACAAAGUGCUUUCUGAGGAGGAUGCCGAACUGGUGUUCGUCUAUCACACCAACUCACUUGUCGGCGGAACUCUUUUUCGCAAGGCAACAGCUGAUUUCAACAUCAACAAUGGAUGGUUUCAGCCUGGCUGCUACUAUAGUGGGAAGAGAUUGUGUAGCCAUCGGAGGGUUGUAACGCUUUUCUGGUAUGUAAUUCUAUACCCUGAGUUAUGGACAGCAAGAAAGUGUAGUAGCUUCUUCUUGUUCAAGUCCUGUCUCUGCAGUUUUGGGUCCAAGACUUCCCUAACAUUCCCACCAGCCCUAGGUGCAAAAGGGACUUAUUACUUGAACACAAUGGCUCAGAAACCUUAUGGAUUCGGACCUUCAAGUGCCAACUGUUUCUCUUUCAGCAAGAGGAAGAAAUCCGAAGCCAUGAUAAAAAACAUUUCAAACUAACCCACAUAUACUUUUAGUCAAUCGUAGGCACCAACCCAUGCGAAAAAAAGAAUAAAAUAUUUUUUUAUAUCCAUUGUUUCACAAGGCAUGAAUGACCGUGUAUUAUUGAACUGUUGAUAUUUAAUAGUAUAUUUCAUCACUAGGGCCUAAAGUGACUCUUUUCAAGUUUUACGAUCGAGGCGAAGCCGAGGUCGGAAAAUGAGCGAGGGUUAAAAAGUCACUUUUUGCCCGUGUGGUGAACUAUAUUUUUCGUCAUAUUUCAUCAUUAACUAUCUAACUAAGCUAGAAAAUGAAAUAAUUUGUAUGUAAAGAUAACCUCUCAAAACGACUUCCAGUGGUAAAAUGCAACUUUAAACUACUGUAUUAGUAGGGUAACAUAACAAUCUAUCUAUCUAUUUACUAUUAUAAAGAAGAGGUGGUGUCUGUGUGUGUGUGUGUGUGUGUGUUUGUAUGAGAUAAUCUCAAAAACUACUGAACCUACUGGGCUCAAAUUGCACACAAAUGAAGCUACAGCUCUGAGGAUACAUAUAGAACUAUUCCCGCUUCGAUAUUGUCUUAGGGCUCUGCCCCGUGGGCUUUCAAAAAUUUGAGGUGAGAGAUUUAAAAGUAAAUAUUGAUUGAUGGUAUCCAUGGUAACAAAGAACAAACCUACAAAGUUUGAAAAUGUAAACAAGCAGAACUAACUGUCAAAUGAAUUUCGAUUUCACAAUUCCACACAGCUGGUUCAAACAUUUAUUUAAAUACUGCACGAAUAUUAGAACAGAGAGGGUAGGGAUCAUAUUUAAAAUAAUGACGUCACUAGCCUGAAU